AUGAGGGGAAAUCGUCCCGUGGAGUUCCCAGAAGACUUCUGGAUCCCUAUCCCUCUGGAAACCAACAACAUUACAUCCCUCAGUCCAUACCUGGUUCCUCAGGAUCACCUAGGAAGCUUAGGAAUCUUUUAUUCCAUGUCAGCUUUUAUGUUCUUCCUGUUUGUGGCCGGUACGGCCAUCAAUACGCUUACUAUCGCAUGUACAGCUCAGUAUAAGAAGCUCCGGUCUCAUCUGAACUACAUUCUGGUGAACUUGGCUGUGGCGAACCUCCUCGUCUCCUCUGUGGGCUCCUUCACCUGCUUCUACUGCUUUGCCUUCAGAUACAUGAUUCUUGGUCCCCUCGGGUGCAAGAUCGAAGGAUUUACAGCAACUCUUGGUGGUAUGGUAAGCCUCUGGUCUCUGGCUGUGAUAGCUUUUGAAAGAUGGCUGGUUGUCUGCAAGCCACUUGGGAACUUCGCCUUCAAACCUCACCAUGCCAUAGCUUGUUGUGCAAUGACUUGGGUCUUUGGUAUGUUCGCUGCAGUUCCUCCUCUGGUUGGAUGGAGCAGGUAUAUUCCAGAGGGCAUGCAGUGCUCCUGUGGACCAGACUGGUACACAACUGACAACAAGUUUAACAACGAGUCCUAUGUGAUGUUCCUCUUCUGCUUCUGCUUUGCUGUCCCUUUCACUACCAUUGUUUUCUGCUACUCACAGCUACUUUUCGUGCUGAAAUCGGCAGCGAAGGCCCAAGCUGAGUCUGCCUCCACCCAGAAGGCAGAGAGGGAGGUGACCAGGAUGGUGGUUGUCAUGGUGCUGGGCUUCCUGGUGUGCUGGAUGCCCUAUGCCAGUUUUGCUCUGUGGGUUGUGAACAACCGUGGGCAACCGUUCGACCUGAGACUGGCCACCAUACCCUCCUGCCUCUCUAAAGCCUCCACAGUCUACAACCCUGUUAUUUACAUCCUCCUCAAUAAACAGUUCCGCUCAUGUAUAAGGAAGAUACUGGGAAUGUCUGGAGGAGAUGAUGAGGAGUCAUCAGCAAAUCAAUCAGUAACUGAAGUCUCUAAAGUCGGACCUGCUUAA